CGUAUACGCACACCCAAAAGCAAUACAAAGCAAAAUCACACCAUGCAUGGGACAAAACCACAGCCAUCAAAAAUAAACAAAAGAACAAAAUAGAAACCAAAGCAAAACCAAACAACCGUUUAUAACAACUAUACUAAUUUAACAAAAAUAGAAAUGAGUCAACAGUUAUAAUGCGCAGACACACACACACUCACCCACACGCCAACAAUCACUGGCGUCGUUGAAGGGCACAAACCCGUGGGUCACUUGUGGUUUUCAGAACCAAAGCAGUAGUUUGGAUUGUAGUGCAACUGUGCUUCCCAGUCGCUGCCCCCACAGUUGUCGCCUACCAGCGAGACUCUGCACUCCCCAGCCGCUGGCGCGCUAAAUUAAAAAAACACGGUAAACUACCAGGCAGAGAGAAACUGAGGGAUUGAGGGUUACCUGAACACCACCCGCCGCGACUCGAGCUAAUACCAGCCCGGAUAGCCUUUAUUAUGACGCUCAUAAGUAGCUCAUAAGCGCUGUGCCUCGGGGGGGAACCAAAACCCCGCAUCACCACACCUACAGCAGCUCCUCUUACCUAUACCACGCACCUCUGCAGCCACGGAUGAACCACGAAGGAUCUUAUUCAGGUGCUCACCUGCGCUCAUGGGCACCAGCCACAAGCCAACAAAGUGACCUGAUCAGGUGUUCACCUGCACUUAAAAGCACUAGCUCGGCCCGCCUCCCGGGGAGCCAAUUAUUUCCAAUCUUGCCUGGCAGGUGGGUGGGGCAAGCCUCCACACAACCACAUCUACCCCUGGCCUUUUAAAUCGUCGUCCCGACGAUGAAACCACUUACAAGUACAACCAGGGCCUAAUAAACACAACUUGAGAGCUUGACAGACUCUACUGACCUGCUCAUAGGAGCACUAACUUGCCUAUCUACUGGGCGUGGGAGGAGGGAGACCUGCUGUGGACCGAGAAGUGCGGCGCAGCAAUGAUUCGUAAGUAUCAGACUGGCUUGGUACUGAUGACUGCUAGGGCCCAGAUGGUAAUGGGUCCGAAGCAGAGCCGAGGACUUGGGAAGCACCAGCCGACUCACUCAGAGGCAACGGGUUGGCAAUAGGCUGCUGGACAUCUGAUACCAACACCCAAAGUUUACCGUCCGGAGGGUCAUCAGGUUGAUCCUGUGCAGCUGGUGGCAGCUCUGGUGGAGGAACAACCUCCACUGGCCUGGCAACGCACUUCAAGAACUCUCAGUUCUCUUUUCACUUUGUGCAGGUGGUGUACGGGUGCCACGGUGUAAACUGCUCCACCCUCAAGAGGAGCCUUGACAACCUGAUGUACCUCAGGAUUCCACAAAUCCUGGAUCUUAUGGCGCCCUCUGACACCACACUCUUUAACAUAGACCCGCUGACCAACUUGCUGGGGUUGAUCUCGUACCCGCAGGUCAUAUCGUUCCUUUCUACGGGCCGCAGCAACAAGUACCUGCUCUCGUGCGCAGUCAAAAUGCUUAGCCACCCAACCCUGUAUGUACCUCCCCUGGACGUGGUUCUUCCACUCAGCCCAAGAGAAAAUCAAUGGAGAGCCUGGGUUCCUGUCCAAACAUCAAGUAAAAUGGGGACUCUCCAGUACUUUGGUGAGGCGUAGUGUUAUAAAAAAAAGAGGACCUGAGGUAAACAGGAAACCCAGUCCCACUUCUGUGAGGGAGGCAACGUACGCAGAAGAUCAUGAAAAGUGCGGUUGAAACAUUCUCACUGCCCAUUCCCCGUUGGGUGGUAGGGUGUGCUGCGAGAUUUAGUCACAGUGUACAACAAGCAAAGCUGCUUAAUCAAAGCGCUCUCAAAACUUCUACCUUGAUCUGAAUGUAGCCACUAGGAACACCAAACUUGUAGAACCACUCCAGAACUAGUACCUGGGCCAUCGUGCAGGCCCGUUGGUCACGUGUAGGAACUGCUAUCGUAAAUUUUGUGAAGACAUCUGUCAUCACCAGAACAUUCUCCCGCCCACACCGAGAAGGCUCAAGUAAGGUGAGGUCGAUAGCAAGGAUCUCAUUGGGUCAGAAGGCAAGUAGGUGUCCCAAAAAACUAUGAGGUGCCUGUCCUGUGUCUUUAGUGUCUGUGUCACCGCUCACACGCCUGUACCCAGUUCCUGAUGUCAAGAGGCAUACCUGGCCAGUAACACCGCUGCCAAACUAGUUCCAUGCUCCCUACCCUAGUGGCCAUGUUGAUGCAGCUGGCACAAGGUCUCUUGCUUAAGGGCGUCAGGCAAAAGUAGCCGCAAAAAUUCCUCUCCCCCAUCAGGUCAAUAGACCCGCCGGAAUAGAAACCUGUCUUUUUCUACUAGGCAGUCCCACUGGAGCAAUAGCGCCCGAGCAGGCUCAGAAAGGGACUGCCGUUCAGAAGGAGCGGGUUGAGUUUUCCGGUGCCAAAAUGGAAGAACGUCUCUCAACAGAGGGUCGCUCUCCUGCAACGAAUGCACGUCAGAGACAGAGUGAGACGGGAGAACAGAAGUCACUGAUUGGCUGACUGAUGUAACUGGAUCUCCGGGCAAGCCUUGUUGCAACUCGUCAGGGACCAAAGUGCUGGGCAGCCACAUAGUCUCAGGCUCCAGCUUGGUGGUGCAUUGCCGGUAAAGAGCAUCCGCAUUUUUAUUUGUACGGCCUGAGCAGUACUUGAUUUCAAAUUCAAAUGCAGCUAACUGAGAUGCCCGAUGCUGCUCGGUUGCCCCCAAUUUGGCAGUCAGCAGGUAGCUCAAAGGAUUAUUGUCUGUAUACACCAAACACUUGUGGGCCUAAAGAUACUCCCUAAACUUCUCGGUCAUGGCUCAUUUGAGCGCAAGAAACUCUAAUUUCAUAGAGCUAUAGUUAUCCAUAUAACGCCACUGGUUUCACCCCGCUGGCUGUCUCUUGCGAGAGGACAGCCCCAAGCCCAUCAUGGCUGGCAUCGAUCUCCAAAAGAAAGGGGCAACCAAAGUCUGCAUAAGCCAACACUGGAGCAGACACAAGCUUGGCUUUAAGACCCUCAAAGAUCUGUUCACACUGAGGGGUCCACUUUGAGGCUAGAGCUUGGCCUAAGCCUCUUUUAGCCCCUUUGCCCGACAGCUCGGCUACUACACGAUGCCUAGGACCUGCCAACUUCGUAAAACCUUUACGAAGUGGCGAUAAUAACUGGCAAAACCCCAAAAUGUGCACAACUCAGACACCUGUUGAGGGCGCCUCCAUCCAGACACUGCCUCAACCUUUUUGGGAUCCGUAGAAACUCCCUAACCGGGGAUGACAUGGCCCAGGUAUCCUACUUCCCGCUGAAAGAAUGCACACUUUUCAAGCUUUGCCUUCAGUCCUUCAUUGUAAAGACGACCCAGGUCUUUGAAGAUGUUGGCUGAUGGAGGACAAGAAAACAAUGAUGCCGUCGAGAUAUAACAGGAGAAACUGCCCUUGCUGGUCCCCAAACAUUCUCUCCAUCAACCUCUGAAAGGUGCUUGGCACAUUACACAGGCCAAACGGCAUCCGAUUAAACUCAAACAGCCCAAAUAGGGUACAGAAUGUCGUUUUUGGCCUGUCCUGUUCUGCCACCGGCACCUGAUUAUAGCCACUGGCUAUAUCGAGAGUGGAAAACCUGCAGCCUCCAGCCAACGCAUCCAGACUUUCCUCAAUUCGAGGCAGGGGGAAAGCAUCUUUCCGGGUUUUGUGAUUAAGGAGGCGGUAAUCUACACACUAGCGCAGACCGCCAUCCUUCAUUUGCACCAACCCUAUGGAAGAAGCAUAUGGACUGCUGCUUUCCCGAACCACCCACUCCAAAAGCUGGUUAAUAUGAGCCUUAAAUGCCUUAACGGGGGAAUACGGCAUACCGUUGUCGGACCGGCAAAUCAUCGAGCAGAGUGCUGACAGAUCCAAGGGCCUCACCUUGUCAAACACGGUGGGAACAACACACUGACCACUGACAGUUGCCAGUGUCGCUCGCUCUUCUGACACCCCUGCAGGGAGGCUAAUUACCUGAGCCUUGCCAAGAUUACCAAGGCUUGUUCGAGGAUACAGAAGGACAGCCACUGUUCCCACGUUCGCCACAGGCACAUUUGCAGUGCCUCGAACCACCCGCCCUACACACGAUGACAGCAGCAGUCCAUCCGGUAACCCAACCUCAGGGGGCUCUAGUAAUGCAGUUGGUACUGAUGACAAUGCAGCAACCAAUUUCAUAGUGUCCCCCGGCACACGCACUGGUUGUCUGCCUCGAACCCGCACCAUGUCAUUGAGAACAUUAGGCCUGCUAUCUCCUCGCCCAUGGCAUCUCUGCAGAGCAUCAUGGACUGAACGCGGUGCCUGCAGCACAUCAGGAAACCAGGAGUGAUGGGCAAAGGGCCAGGUGAAUCUUUUACGACUAAAUCCCACAACAAGACAUAACCUAUGCACUAUGUAGAGGAUGGCCAAGCCAUUUGCUGUCCUUGGCCGCACCCAAUUACAUAAACAAAGACACUCCUGCCCCAAGGGGGCGAACUGUUCUGCAAACAAACUCUCAGGGAUGGUGGAUGGUGGCCAGGCUGACAAUUUCUACCUGAAAGGCGCGGGGCUUGUAAGGAUGCUACAGUUUGCGUAAGUUGGUUCAACUGUUCUUGUUGUAAUUUCAUCAAAUCUCCCAAAGUGGGUUCCCCUGCCCGGGCAAAAGAGCCAGUCUGAAUGCCACCCUGCACACUGUAUUGAAGGCCAUAUGCAGAGGGCAGGGAUGAACUCCUCUCCCUAAAACUGGCUGGCAAACCCUCUCGUUCCCACGUCAUGGCCUCCAAACGCAACUCCAACAAUGAAAUCAUAGUCUGGCAGCAAAAACAUUGUCUGAGAGUCCUACGCAGGGAACCAUCAAGGACAUGCUCCAUAAACUAGUUACAAAGCAUUACCUCUGUGUUAGGCAUCCCAUCGGGGGCACUGAAUGGUAGUUGUAGGAUAAUCUGACCACCAUGGAACAUGACAGAGUAGACACAGAAUCUGGUGUCGGUGAGACAACUUACUCGUGAGCUUUUAUGACGUGAUUAAGGCUGAUGAUGAAGAUGAAGAUGAUGAUGAUGAUGAUGAUGAUGAUGAUGAUGAUGAUGAUGAUGAUGAUGGUGACGAUACAAAGUUUACAAGAUACAAAGACCGUGUGGUUUGAUCAGUACCCUUGGCUCCGCUUUUCCUCAAUCUGUGAGAUCCACGUGCACGUGAACAUUAACGCGUGUUUAGUUUUUAACGAAGGCUGAGUUUGUUUAUGUUGUGUUUACACCUUUAAUCGUGAUCAUUUGGCCCCGGGGCCACAAUUGGUUCUGAACUGACCGAUCAAGAAUUCACAAAAAGGGUCUCUGACCUUUGCUCAUAUAUUUCAGAGAAAAUAUGGAUGGUUCUGUUUUAAAGACAGAAUUGAUUGUCAGGGUUUUCUUCUCAUCUCUCUGAUUUGUUCCACUUUGUUUAAUCUACAAUGAGGUACUUCUUGUAUGAUUAUAUAUGAUUAUUAUUAUUAGUAUCUACACAGACACAUUGUUGGUCUCACUUCAUCUUUGUGCUUCACAGUCCGUGACCAGAUGACAAAGUUCUGGAAGGAGCACUCCAAGGCUGCCACCGUGGAGGAGAUGAUGCUGGACUCUCGGGCCCAGGAGAUGACUCAGCAUGAGCUGCCGGAGAUUCUGUCCAUGCUGCCGGCGCUGGAUGGAUUCAGAGUGCUGGAGCUGGGCGCAGGCAUCGGUCGAUACACCAGACACCUGCUGGCCAGAGCUGCACACGUCACAGCUGUGGACUUCAUGGAAAGCUUUAUAGAAAAGAACAGACAGGACAACGGUCACCAUAGCAACGCGACUUUCAUCCAGGCUGACGUCACAAAGCUGGACUUCCCUGACAACAGCAUCGACUUCAUCUUCUCCAACUGGCUGCUGAUGUACCUGAGUGAUGAUGAGGUCAAAUCCUUCAUACAGAAGAUCCUCGCUUGGCUGCGGCCCGGCGGCUUCCUUUUCUUCAGAGAGUCCUGCAACCACCGCUCAGGUGACAUAAAGAGGGACUUGAACCCCACCUGCUACCGCACUGACGCCCAGUACAGCCACCUGGUCACGUCACUGCAAGUGGAGGAGCCUGAGGCUGAACAGAAGUUCGGUUUUGACAUUGUGUUGAGGAAGAAAGUUCAAACCUACGUUGAGAUGAAAAACAACCCAAAUCAAAUCUGCUGGCUGUUAGAGAAGGUCCCUCGCUCCUCCAGCGCCCAGAACGGAUUCAGCACCUUCCAGCAGUUCCUGGACAACCAGCAGUACACCAGCCGCGCCAUCCUGCGCUACGAGAAGAUGUUCGGGGCUGGAUACGUCAGCACCGGCGGGCCCAGCACCACCAAGGAGUUUGUGGACCUGCUAAACCUAAGGCCCGGCCAGAAGGUCCUGGAUGUGGGCUGUGGCAUCGGUGGAGGAGACUUCUACAUGGCAAAGACCUUCGGCGUUGAAGUGCUCGGCCUGGACUUGUCGGACAACAUGGUGGAGAUCGCCAUGCAAAGGGCGGCCAAUGAGAAGCUACCAUCAGUCCAGUUCGAGGUGGCUGAUGCCACCAAGAGGUCGUUCCCCGAAGGCUCCUUCGACGUGAUCUACAGCAGAGACACCAUCUUGCACAUAGACGAUAAACUGGCUCUCUUCAAGCGCUUCCACUCGUGGCUGAAGCCCGGCGGCCAGCUGCUCAUCAGUGACUACUGCUGUAGGGAGAAGCCAUGGACGCCAGCGUUCGAGGCCUAUGUCAGACAGAGAGGCUACGUCCUCUACACCCCAGCACAGUACGGCAGGUUCAUCGAAGAGGCAGGUUUCUGCAAAGUCCGGGCAGAGGAUCGGACGGCCCAGUUGAUGCAGGUCAUUGAGUCCGAGCUGCAGAGAGCAGAGGCCAUCAGGGGCGAAUUCACUGAGGAAUUCUCUGAGGAGGACUACUCAGCUAUAGCGAACGGAUGGAGGGAAAAACUGCAACGCUCCAACAGUGGAGACCAGCGAUGGGGACUGUUCCACGCAACCAAGGAAUGAGUGAAGAUGAAAGACAAUAAAAGGGGGAAUGAAAGCUCUGCUUGUAUGGGGUGCCGAAUGUAAAAGGAGCACCUACAACUAGUUUUCUCACAUUUAACUAAAUGACACAACAUGUUUUCUCACAUUUAGUUAAACGUGCAAAAGUCUAAAUGUAAAUGUUAAAUAUAAAAGUAAAUGUUAAAUAUAAAUGUAAAUGUAAAAUGUUAAAUGUCAAAUGUAAAUGUUAAAAUAUCGCUGGGUGCAAAACUGAAUAUUUAAGUAGACUCCACCCCUAUGAUCCUAGAUCAGUGACGUAUACUCAAACGCCUCAAACAGGAUCAGUGGACGACAAUACUGGAGAGAAACCUAAAGUCAAAGCCAUCAUGGCCGCCAGCUCCAACUCCCUCCCGUUAGCGGAGAUUGAACGGGCUGUAACGGCAGGUGUGCGGGCUGAGGCUCCGCUUCAAACUGCCGUUCUGUUAUAAACACUAUUAGUGGGGAGUUAAGUAGGUUUGAAUGGAAUAUUUCUGUGGCGCCGGUGCAGAAUUAGUUGGCUAACUAUACUAGCUAGCCGAAGUUACGUCCACGCUAAAAACAAAAGAUUCCAGAUCAGAUGUGGGCGGGGUUUGCGUGCACUGUUUGAGGCGUUUGAGUUCGCGUCUCUGAUCUGAGACCAGCGCUGUUUGAGGGUAGGGGUAGAGUCUACUUGCACAUUCAUGAAUAUUCAGUUUUACACUCGGCAAACAUUUAACAUUUACAUUUAACAUUUAACAUUUACA